GUAAUGCAGCAGGGCGUGUGCCUCCGCGUAAAAAGUGGGCGUGGAGGAGCAAUCCGGCACCUAUAUAUUGGUGGACGAGGAGACCACUGGCACAGUCAGCUUCGUACCGACUCCACAGCACAACAUGAACGCCAAGAUCGCCAUCCUCCUCGCCCUCGUGGCUGUGGCCGUCGCCGACAGCGACGAGUUCAGAGGCUACGGCUCCCACAGCUCCGAGGAGUCCUACGAGUCCUCCGAGGCCCAGUACAACUUCCAGUGGGCCGUGGACCACGACCCCUCCAGCAAUGAGUACGGCCACCAGGAGGCCCGCGACGGUGACAACACCAAGGGCUCCUACUACGUGGAGCUUCCCGACGGUCGCGUCCAGAACGUUGCCUACUACGUCAACGGUGGCUCUGGCUACAUCGCCGACGUCACCUACACCGGCUCCGUUGAGUCCUUCGAGUCCGACGAGUCCAACGAGUCCUUCCGUUACUACGGAUCCAACGAGUCCAAGUAAACGAUCGUUUCUAGUCCAGCGACCAGCUCAGCAACACUCAGUUCUUGUCCUCUUUUUGUUUAUUUAUUGUCGUUAAAGAAUAUUUCAAGAUGUUGUAAUUUGUUCAAGUCAAAAUAAAAAUCCAUGUGACA